GCUGAUUAGACAUUGAUACGGAAGUAAAACAGAAAGUUUCCUUACAUUAUGACAUCACCAAGAGUUUUGUGCGCCAUUAUUGCGUAACAAUUUUCUAGGUUACCUUGGUAAUUCACUUUUCCAUAAAAUGAAAAUUGAUCAUAUCGUGUAUAAACCGAUUGGCAAGACGUGAACUCGUCGCGCUCAAGGGAAAGGUAUAUCGUCUAUAUUGCGUAUUCGCAGUUGCACACGCCGUCGAGGUCGUACUGGUACGUAAACAGUAAAAUUAGUAGUCGCGUGUUGUUUUAUGCAAACAAAUGGCCGCGCUACGAUCCUUCCAGAGGGUGAUAUUUUCCGCUGUCAGGAAUCGACAAAACUUACUAUCUUCUGAUAAUGCUUCGUAUUUUCAACGUUUCAAACAAACUACUCCAUUGAAGAAAGUAGCCACGCUUGAGAAUAAAAAUCUUCUUAAAUGGGAGUUGACUUCAGCGGUUUGCUUGACAAGGCUACCGUUGGUGUCUCCAUAUUUGAGUCAGCUCGAACAAAAUUACAUGAAGCUUCUCGAGAAUCAAGAAUUUGAGAAGAGUGUAUAUUGUGACUGGGAAGUUGAGAAGUUGCGGCAGAAUGAAAUUAUAAGAGCUGUUGAGUCAGGAGAUGCAGAGAACGAUGCUGUUGAUUUUCAAGUAACACAUGUGGACAUGGAAGAUGAAUAUGAGGCAAAGUUCAAAGAAUUCCUGAAAAAUGAACCCAUGCCAGAUAUCGAUGAUGAUGAUAGAACAAAUCCUAACAGAAAAAUUCGGGAUUCAAUCACCUAUGUUGUGAAGAAGAAGCUCGGAAACCAUGGAUUAUGGGUACUUCCGUCAGCUCCAGUUGACGAUAAGGAAACAAUGAGACAGUGUGCUGAACGAUCAUUGUCGUUACAUUCACUCGGUCAUUACAAAGGAACUAUUCUAUCAAAUGCUCCUUCUGGAUAUUUUAAAUAUAAAUUUCCUAAGGAAGUUCGAUUGAAGAAUUGUGGUAUUGGGGCAAAAGUCUUCAUAUAUUCAGCAUUACUAAAGGACACAAAUAUCUUCAAUUCUAAGCAAUUGGAGCAUGUUAUGGCAGGUUCACAAGAAGAAGAUUGUGAAAUUUUAGACUAUGCGUGGGUAACAAAAGAAGAACUUUCGAAGCUUAUGAAACCCAAAUAUUUUGAGGCAGUCAGCAAACUGCUGUCAUAGCAUUUAUCUUUCAAACAGCAACGGUUAUGGUGCUAUUGUGUUGUGACUUUGCUGUGCCUGUAUACAUUCUUUUUUACCAUUUUUUUAAAAUAAAAUCUUUUCUUCCGACCGGUUAA